AUGCCAAAACCUACAUGUGUUCAAUGUAGCUCUGACGACUCUUUACUGUGGCGAAGUGCCGAAAACGGACAGAUAUGCAACGAGUGUCACUUAGCGAACACUGCCAGCAAAGAAGCCAAAGGAACCGAUACUUCCUUGAAAUCAGAACAAGAGGACAAGCGAGAUGAUAAAGAUGAUGAUAGUAAAAAUGGCAAAAGUGAAGGUGAAUCCACGCCUGCAAAAGCUACGGGCAAAGGAACUAGAAAAAGUACGCGUUCAACGCGUUAUAAAACUAAGACGCCUGCGCCUGCUUCUGCCAAGAACGCGGCGCCCCGCGGUCGCGGCCGCCGCAGCAUGUUCAAGCGGCAGCCGCUCCGGGCGCCCACCGCCACUGCCACCGUAGUCACCAGCGAGUCCAUCUUUUACAAGGGCAACUACAUGCAGAUUGGUGACAUAGUAUCAAUGACAGACAUAGAUGGAGGCACAUACUAUGCACAAAUCCGAGGCUUCAUGACUGAUCAGUAUUGUGAAAAGAGUGCAGUUAUUACUUGGCUUCUGCCAACAAAAGCCAGUCCACCGCCAGAAAAGUGUUUUGACCCUGCUACCUACAUCAUUGGUCCAGAAGAGGACCUUCCUCGUAAGCUGGAUGUAAUGGAGUUUGUGAUGCAUGCCCCCUCUGACUAUUACAAAGCAAGCAACAGUCCAUAUCCCCUCACUGACAAUGAGGUAUAUGACUACUCAGGGUAUGUGUGGACCUCACUGGAACCCAAGGAAAAAGUUUAG